AUGGACAGGAACGACCCGAUUCCUCGCGAUCACGACCCUCCGGAACUGAAGCUGACGGGACCAGUGGACGAGAGGUGGAUCAGGGCACAUAGGGCCUUCAUCGCCCUGAAAACCAAGGUCGCGACUACCCCAAUUCUCCGUCAUUUCGACGAGGCGAGAACGACACGAGAUCCGGGUCCUAACGAGGCAUUCUACGUUGGGAUGGCUGUUCAAGUCGACGGGAUUGCAGGGUCGCCUAGGACAAUGGUCCGCCCUCCUGGCCCCGUGGACGCUCGAGAUCACGAAGUGCACGAAAGGCAAGGACGGAAUAUUGGGGCGAUCGCGGCGAGCAUCACGCCGAGGGCGAAGAUAGACGAUGCUCUGACCGAAAUCGCUCCCCGGAAGGAACCUAAACGCCAGAUCCAAGCGCCGAUACCCACGGUGGAUCGCGACGAGGAACUAUGGGUGGUCAGCUUUGACGAUCCGCUCGAGUUAAGCCGCGGUCGUGUGGAGCCUGCCCGAAUGGGAGGGGGUCAAGGCCAGAUCGGGCUAUCUCGAGAGCCUCACCAAUAUAUCGGCCAGACCCUGGGACGCGACGUGCUAGAGAACUUAGAUCGCAAACAUCUGGAGGUCUGCGGUGACUCCAACUUAGUGAUCCGACAAAUACGGGGCGAGAUCGACUGCAAAGCACCCGGACUGACGUUAUUGAAGCGGAAGGCCCUCGAUCGCCUGAGGAAAUGGAAUGCUCAUGAGUUGGUGCAUGUCAAGAAGGACUGUAACGGAAGUGCCGACAGUCUAGCAAGCGCCGCUCUGCAACGACAAGGUGGGAUCGAGGUCCAGGAAAUGACCGGGUACCAGGAUCUGGUAACACUGAACCGGUUAGACAAAAUCUUGAUCCCCAAGACCGAAAACCUGUGGUACGAGUUGCAGCGAUGA